GACAGGAAGGGGCGGAGCGCCAGCGCCAGCCCAGCCCGGGCGCACCCCUGCAGAACGCCGCGGCGGCGGCAGGCGCAGGGCCAACUCAGCGGACGCUUCGUCCCAACCUCCCGCUGCUGUCCGUCGCUGGAGGCCCCGCGGAGCCUGCGGAGGUCCUCGGCUCCAAGCGCUGGGCGGACAGCGACCCGAGUCCAUGGCCCCCGCGACGGCGGCUCCGUCCUCCUUGGCCGUCAGGGCCUCCAGCCCAGCCGCGGUACCCAGCUCCUACGGGGCUUUCUGCAAGGGGCUCUCGCGCACACUCCUCGCCUUCUUCGAACUGGCCUGGCAGCUGCGCAUGAACUUCCCCUACUUCUACGUCGCGGGCUCAGUGAUCCUCAACAUCCGCUUGCAGGUACACAUUUAACGUUUGGAUUAACUUGCCGGCCCCCGAGGCCAACAUGGUGGCCGACUCCCGGGAGGCCUUGCGGCGUGGCGCAGCGCCCGGCGAGGAGCUUCGCGGUCUCGCGAUAGUGCCUGGGCUCUGCCCGCGCCUGCGCUCUUCGCUCCUAGCCGACCUUCUUGGGCGGGACAGAAUGCCGGCCGCUAUUGAAGUGCGCGGUUCCGGCGACCGAGACUAUCACGUUAAGACCCACGAACUCACCUAAGAAGCUUUGCGCCCUGAAAGCCUACUCUGAACGGAUGUAAGGACCUGACCAAGGGCAUAGCGUGCAUUCAGGAAAAAAACUGAAAAGUAAACUGGGAUAACGUUGGAUUGGAUUGUAAGCAAGACUUGAAUAAAUAAGAAGCUGAAGUUAUUCAAGAUAGGUGGAAGACAUCCGUUUAUUCACGGGAGGAGAAGAUGACAGUCAUCGAUUUUCAGUGGGGAAAAGCGUCGCACACCAAACGCAGACGUCCGCAGGAUUUUGAAGAAAUAGAGUUUAAGAAAAUGAAUCUUACAAGUGCCCCUGUGAGCAGCCUGUGGACCCCCAGCAGAAAAAGAAGCAAUCCACUUGCUGCUGGACACUUGGCUGUUCCCUGAACAAUAUUCGACUCGUCAUCAUCAUGCUCUCUGUGGCUUUCCUCUUUUAAAGGGAUAUUUAAGUUAUGGUUACAAAGUAAAUGCAAAUGUUUUUCAGCUCUUGAUGCAAAACUAGAGUUUAUAAGGGAGAAUAUGAAGUGGGGAGGAAGGUUUCUGGAUUAGCUGUAGUGCUUAUAAAACAGGAGCUGGACAGACACCGUGGGUUGUUGAGAAGAGGUGUUCCUUAGGGGACAGCUGUCAAGUUCCUAAUAUAUAUACUAAAGUUCCUAAUAUAUAUACUAUAUAUCCGAAAGAGGAUCGGUGACGGAGAAGGCUUGAAGUCAACAGAAAGGGACCAAAAAUGAAGAGUUUGAUGGGAUGCCUCAAAAACAAUAAAAAAUUCUAGAUUGACCAGUGUAUUUGAAAUAAACAAGAUUUUUCUUA